UAUUUAAACUGAUUAACCAAGUCUAUCAAAGUCAAUCUAAAUCAUAAACAAUCAUUAUUACUAAAAAAAAAAGUUGUUUUAGAUUCACUUUAUGAGGCUCGUCAGAAAGCAAUAUUGGCUGAAGACACUUCGAACCUCGAAGUUGAAAAUAGUAUAAAGCAAAGAAGAAUAAAUAUUAUACAAGCUGAUGAAAGUGACAAAAGUGAAGUUGAAUCUGAUUUCAGCGAAGAGUUUAUUGAAAAGAAAAAGAAAGUUAUUGAUGUGCACAAAAAAAUGAAACAUGUAGAAAAAUCUUAUUCUUUACCUAAACCAAAAUCUCCAAUUCAAAUUAUACCUAAGCCAGUUCCUCCUUCAUUUUUAUCAGUAAAACGUUCUGAUAGUUUCAAUCAAUCUGAUUGGAAUGAUUGUGAUAUUGAAAUUACUCGUCAUAAUACAACUGUUCUUGAAAAUAAGACAUAUAUGCCAACAUUCGAUUCUUCUGCUAACUUUGCAAGUACUAGUCAGACUAACACAAUAUUAACUGCAAUUUUGACACAAAUUGAAGACAUAAAACAAACUUUAAAAGUUCAUUCUGCUAUUUUGCAAAGCCUAGUGCAACGAGACAGAGGUAUAAAUGCAAGUUUAUGUCGGCUUCCAGAGGAUAUAAAAUUACCUAUUUUAACAUAUGAGGAUCUACUAGUAAUGGAUCAGAAGUUGAUAGAUCCUCUAGUGAAGAAGUAUGGUAGCGUGAAAGUUAAUGCAACUACUCUAGAUGCAAAUAAAAAGCAAAUCGAGGCAGAACUAUCAAAGUGGUUUACCAAUUCACGGGAUCGUGGUAGUGAUCGUCGGGGAAGAAAAAAAAGAUUAAAAAACAUCAACAAUGAAUCAGAUUUUAUUUUCAACAAAUAAUUUGUUGCAUAAUAUUUUAGAAAAUAAAAUUUUUAUUUAAAAUUAUUUUGAUGUGGUUUUUAAAUUUAUCCAACAUUAUAUAUCUCAGUUAUUCAUAGCA